AUGCGGUUAAAACUCUUGGUUUUUCUGGCACUGCUGGGUGUGACAGUAGCAGAAGACAAUGAUCUUCUUCAGGACAGCUCGAUUACAGAAUACAGAGGAUAUUUUAACAGAGAACAUUCACUUUUGAAGCCAUAUAUGGGUAAGAGUUGUUUGUUUUUAAAAAUUUAGAGGUAGCUUGACGCAUUUUUGAUGGAAAUGGCCUCUUUAUACGGCAAAUUGAAAGCUGUACCUUUAGUACCAUAAAGGUUUUAGGCGUUCUUCACUUUAACUUUGAGAAAUUGAAAUUCUAAUGCUUAACAUGUUAUUCAUGGCCAAUUUUCAGGUCAUGGCAUGGACGUGCCUUAUUGGGACAUUACUGGAUCUACUAUUGUAACAGCUCAACAAAUCAGACUUACGCCGAAUCUGCAGGGUCGUCAAGGUGCUGUUUGGAGUCAAAUUCCAGUCCAAAGCAGAGAUUGGGAACUUAUGGUAACAUUCAGAAUUCAUGGUGAUUCUGGAAAACUGUUUGGAGAUGGAAUUGGAAUUUGGUAUACCAGAGAAAGGAACCAAGUUGGGCCUGUUUUUGGAUCGAAGAACGGAUUCAGCGGAUUGGGAGUCUUUUUGGAUACUUAUCACAAUGAUUAUAGCUCUUAUGCAGUAAGUGUUUGCUUUCUUUUUGAAUUUUAGAUAAAGUACGAUGUAUUGUUGCGAAGCGGGAAUGGAGAACUUUUUUUUGUGUCAUAAGAUUCCUAAUAAAGCCACGUUCAACGUGAAAUAGCUACUGCUUGUCAUAUAGUGAUUAAUUUUUACAAUUUUAGCACACAUUCCCCUAUAUUUAUGCCAUGGUAUCUGAUGGCACUGUAAUGUAUGACGGAGACAAAGAUGGAGGAGAUGGACGUUUGGGAGGAGCGGAUUCUGGAUGUGAAGUCAAGUUCAGAAAUGUUGAACAUGAAACACACGUUCUUAUCAGAUAUGUUGGCGAUACUUUGACUGUAAGUUGAUUUUUAAUGUUUUCGAAGGCGUAAAAGGUUAUAAUAUGUUUUUAAAAACAUUUUAUGUUAAUUUUAAGACUAAAUUAUUAACAUAAAGAGAAUAAUUCGUUGUUUUUAACGGUUUUUUUUCUAUAAAGCUUGUUUUAGGUAUACCAAGAUACUGAAAACACCGGAAAAUGGAAUCAAUGCUUGAGGGUUGGAGGUGUUCAUCUGCCAACUGGAUAUUACUUUGGUUUGUCUUCAGCUACUGGAGAUCUUUCAGGUAAUUUGAGAUGUUAAAGUAGUCGUUUUUUGUUUUUUAGCUUUAUAUUUUAUACGUUUUUUGAGCUUUUUAGAUGUUAAAGGUUAGCUAGAUGAAUUUCGUUUUGUUUUGCUUUGAAAAUCAAGCUCAUUUUAAAAUUUAUACAUUCUUUUUAAAUUUAUAGACAACCACGACAUUACUGCCGUCCGCAUGUUUGAAAUCGAGUACUCUCGUGCUGAAAAUCUCAACGAAAUGGAUCCAUCCAGAAUCCAGCCUAAAGCCGACUACGUAGCUCCACGAGACCACGUAUCUAACCCCUCACCAUCUCAAAUGAGCACCUGGGGCAAAUGGCUUCUAAUCAUCUUGGGUGUUUGUGCAACUGUCGGUGGAAUCGCGGUGUUUGGCUACCUAUGGUACCAGGAUCGUCAGUCCAGAUCACGGAAGAGAUUUUAUUAA